AUGUCCACCGCAGGCUCUCCCAAGCAGGCGCGUUCAAGCUUCUACAUGCGCAUCCACAAGUUCUUCUUGAUUAUGGGUCUGCUAUAUGGCUUGGCGAUCGUGCUCGUUAUGACGCCAUUCCUGCAAUCACGCGUCCUUUACGCACAGCACAUUCACUUUUUCUCUUAUUCAAAGUUUGAGCACCCAGAGCACUAUGGAUUAGCUCCUGGUAAAACGAUCAACUUAAGGCUGCGAAGCCCGGACAACACGUCCAUCGGGGCAUGGUUCAUCUUCUCAGACCCCUUCUACCGCAAGUUGCCGUACCCACCGACACCACAACCGCACCAGAUCUCCGAGGCCGUGCAUCACAAGCCCACCAUCCUCUUCUUGCACGGGAAUACAGGCACGCGCGCUCUACCACUGCGCACCGUCCUGUACACCGCUUACACUGCGCGGUUGAGUGCAAAUGUCUUUGCCAUUGAUUAUCGCGGUUUCGGGGACAGCGAGGGCCACCCUACGGUGCUGGGGGUGUCAAAGGACGCUCGGGCAGGUUGGGAUUACCUUAUAGAACAGGGUGCACGUCCGGAGGAUGUUUUGAUCAUCGGGCACAGUCUCGGGACGGCCAUCGCUGGGCUGUUAGCUGCAGAAUUGGGUAAGGAUGGAAUCAAGCCUCGUGGAUUGGUGUUGAUGUCUCCUUUCUCGUCUGUUAGAACUCUUAUGGAUCAAUAUUAUCUAUUCGGAUUUUUGCCCCUCUUGAAGCCAUUGUCUAUGAUACCCCUCGCACCGAGACUCAUAACAUGGUCACUGGUGCAUAGAUUCGAUACCCUUACACUAGUACCAGACAUUAAAUGCUCCGUUCUAAUCGCUCACGCCGAAAACGACUGGGACAUCCCCUACUCCCACUCCCAAGUCCUCUUCGAUGCCUUCCUGUCACCAAUACUCCCCCAAGCCCCUUCACUCCCAGAAAACCCGCUCUCACACGCAGAUUGGCAGACAUACACCGACCAAACCUCUCUGCACUCACAGAAGCGCGAUCAGCUCGUAUCCACGACUCAAGUGACUGGAUACGGCACCCUGGAGCAAGCCCAAGUACAAGGACGCAAUGUCGCGCUGUUGUUGACCGAGGCGGGCGGCCACGAUAUUGGGAGGGUGGAGGGUGUGCAGGAGACUAUUGGGCGUAUGUUUGGAUUUUAUUAA